UUGUAUGUCAAUUCAUACUUGGCGAUUUGCAUCUAUUUCAUUUUCAAGCGAAAGUUAUUCUACGAAUUCAUCAACUAUUUCGACAGAGAGAUUGGUACUUACAUGUCAAACGAUUCCAUCCGUAAAUUUAUUGGCAAAAAUCGAUUACUUUUUUCAAUCGGUUAUCCAUUCGUAUUCACUCUUCAUAUCGCUUAUAGCGUUAAUGACAUUAUUCAAGUCUAUCAGCAAUCACAAUCAUAUUAUGGACUUGCGAUGAGAUUAAUCUGGAAUCUUUUUCGAUCAAUAAUCUACCUGAAUCGCUACUUAAUCAUUCAAUUCAUCAUUGAAUGCUGUCUGCAUACUCAAAUCUGCUUCAAAAUGGUAGAAGAUCAAAUUGAAUCGAUAAAAAUUUCCGAUUCCUCAUUGGACUUUGAAGAGAUGCAAAGGAUUCGCCGAUUGUAUGAUGUUGCUAUUGGAAAGACGAGGAAACUCGACUCAUUUUUAUUCUGGGUCUUACCUGUUUACUAUUUUAUUUGCAUCGGAUCAUUUCAGUUGAAUUUGAUAUUCAUCAUUUAUGAAUACCAACCCUUGCAUCUCAUGUUGAUGGUUAGAGAAAUGGUUUCAUUGAUUCUUGUUACCUUUCACAUCGCUAACAUAAACCGACUUGCAAAUGAAGCCUUUAACCAGGUUUAUUCCCUCUCAUAUAAGGUAGAGUCUGUUGAGAUGCAAAAUGAGAUGCGAUUUUUCUUCACUCGAAUCAAAAGAGGCGACGUCGGUUUAACCAUUUUAAAGAUCGUUCUCAUUACACCUGGUUUUGUCACUUCAUUUGGCACGUUAUUACUGACCAUUGCUCUGGCAAUUCCUACCAAUUUCAAGAAAUCGUAAACAAAGUAUAACUUCUUUGAGAAGUUAUCCAAAUAUUCAUAUGAGAACAUAUACUUACAUGUAAUGUCACUACAACUUAGGCUUAGUUUAGGCUUGA